AUGAAGGACUACCUAGAGGGGUACAACAAGUACUUAAAGUACGACAACUGCAUUCUUGUCGAGCAUGAGGAGGAAGAAAGCAAAAGUGUUAAAGGAGAAAACUGUGUGAAGGAUAAGAACAUAGUCCGCGUCAUACAAGAAAUUCGAAAAAACUUACGCUCAAAUGUUCUGUACAAAAAUGAUAGAAAAAAUGCCCUCUUCAAUGAGCCCCUAUAUAAUAUGUUUCCACUCAAAUGUGUGAAGGACAAAAAGGUCGACCAAAUUUCUUACGUGUGUAGAGUGACAAGCGAGGAGGACGCGAUUGCUAGUCUUAAAAAAAUACAAGACAUUGUGUCGAGGAUGUAUGUGAAGAAUAUGCUCAUGGAGAAGGAAUUUCUGGUGGACCUCUUGUCCGUUUUUAUGGAGCUCUGCAGACAGGUCUCCGUGACGUGCUUCCAGCGAGGAUCUCUCCUCAAGCAGCUGUUCAACUACAAUAGCAUGCUCCUCUUCCACUACCACAAAUUGGUCAGGUCAUCUCUGGCCUUCAAUUUAAAGAAGGAAAUAGAAAGGAGACACACGAUGAGCGAGUUGUCCAAGGAAAUUGAGCGCAAAAAGGAGGCCAACAAUUCUUUGAAGAGCGAAAUUGUGGACACGGACCAGCUGAUCGAGGAGGAGAGGAAAAACGCGGAGCGGGAGAUUUCAGAGGUGAACAUAAUUUAUCAGAACAAAAUAGACAAGCUGAAGAAGAACAACCAGAGGAAGCGCGACGAGUUCACGCGGCUGCUGCAGCUCUGA